UAUACUCACCAAUAAGUAACUCAGCAGUGAGCGAGAGCAUAAACAAACAGGACCUUGCUUAUCCCUGGAUUUAUUUGGCAUGGAGCAGUUUCUCUUUGUAGUGGGACUUAUUACAUGUCUCUACCUCACAGUGAAGUUUUUUGGAUUCCUAAUGUAUCUGUUUCAACAUCUUCGGGGAGUAUUGCCUCAGUCUUUCUUUCAAUCCCUGGGAGAAUGGGCAGUUGUCACUGGUGCUGGAGAUGGCAUUGGCAAAGCAUAUUCGACUGAGCUUGCAAAUCGUGGGAUGAAUAUUGUUAUGAUCAGCCGAACACUAGAGAAAAUGCAGGCAGUUGCUAUGGAUAUUGAACAGUCUACUGGAAAAAAUGUUAAGAUUAUUCAGGCUGACUUCACAAAAGACAAUAUUUAUGAACACAUUGAAGAAGGUCUAAAAGGUUUGAAGAUAGGAAUUCUUAUUAACAAUGUUGGAAUGUUACAUAACCCUGAUCCGUGCCGAUUUCUCUCUGGACCAGAUAAUGACAAGAAUGUAAUUAACUGCAAUAUCACUUCUACUAUAAAGAUGACAAGAAUCAUAUUAAAGCAAAUGGAAAAGAGAAAAAGUGGGCUUAUUCUGAACAUAUCAUCUGCAGUUGGGCGCUUCCCUUGUCCACUGUAUGCUGUUUAUUCCGCUUCCAAAGCUUUUGUCACUACUUUCUCUAAAGCACUUCAAGCAGAGUAUAAAUCUAAAGGAAUCAUCAUACAGGCAGUCACACCUUACGGUGUUUCCACUCCAAUGACAAGGAAUGCAAGGACAAAUGCCAUAACUAAACGUCCAGUUGACUUUGUUAGGCAAUCGUUAAAUUGUGUAACGAUCGGGGAUGAGACCUUUGGCUGCUUUGCACAUGCAGUUCUGGGAUGCAUCAUGGACUGUAUUCCUUUGUGGGUGAUCCACAGUACUGCAGUACAGGAGAAGUUCCUGCACAGGUUUAAUAGAAAAAAGAAAAAAAUAUAAGAAAUGUGUCUAAAUAAUUUGGGCCAGAUUUAACUUUGUAUAUAAAUGCAGCCCUGUAGACUCCCGUCAAAACAAGUAUUUAGGAAACCCACAAACUGUAAUCAAAUCAUGGAUUUAAUCCAAAUGUUAAAAAAGCCUCAUGUUUCUGCAGCGUAAGAUGUGCAUAUUGGCUAGGAAUUGUUUCAAAGUGUACUUUAAAAAAAAGCUAUGAUGGGAGCUAGUUUGUAGUUUGUAGCUAAUUUAAACAAAUCUGUAACUUACUCCCUAACAUAUAUUUUUUCAGUGAUUUUGCAUAUGCUACAGUAUAAACACAAUAUUGAUCUGAAAAUGGUUAGCACUGGUAGCAGUUCAACAAAGAAAGAAAGUCAUCUAUAAUAAAGGCAUUAUUAACUGUUAUUUAUAUAGCAUUUCAUACACAUUUACAAGUGCUUAACAGAGAAUAUAUAUCAUUCACAUCAGUCCCUGGCCCAGUCCCUAAUGCAUUCACACACUCUAUGGGCAGUUUUAUCAGUAAUCAAUUUUCCUGCCUGAAUGUUUUUGGAAUGUAGGAGGAAACGGUUACAGACAGGGACAAACUCCUUGCAGAUGGUGCUUAGGCUGGCAUUGACCUCAGGCAGAAGUGCUACCCACUAAGCCUAGCACAGGUAGAUGACAAAAUGCAGCACAGCUACUGGAAGAUAAACAUUAACAGAUUUAGGAAGGUUUUCUUUUAUUCACCAGGCAUUAGGUCAGCAAAGAGUUAAGUUUUAAUUAAACUGAAUUUGGCCCAUUGUGCUCUUUGUUCCUAGACUGAAUCCUUCAACUCUUGCUGCUGUAACCCAACUGACCAGUGAUGGGCGAAAUAAUUCGGCAGGCAUGAAUUUGCAGAAAAUUUCCAAACAAAAGGAAUUC